AUGAGUUUGAAUACUCCUGGCGAUGCCACUUAUCCAAGCAACGGAACGAAUCCCUUCGUCUGCAACGUGUGCCAGAAGACGUACGGUCGGAUCGACCAUCUUGCCCGGCAUUUUCGGAGUCAUACCAACGAGAAGCCGUUCAGGUGUGAUGAGUGCGGCAAGACAUUUGCGAGAGCGGAUCUCCUGAAGCGUCACGCAACUCUUCAUACAUCUACUGAACAGAGUGGUAAGAAACGCAAAAUCAGAGCCUCACAAGCCUGUACACAAUGCGCCACAAUCAAGGUCAAAUGUGACCAGGAGAAGCCUUGCAAACGAUGCAAAACCAAAGGUCUCGAAUGUCGAGUAGACGCUUCGUCCAGCUCUACCAUGUACCGCUCUGAUGAUCAUGACUCUCCACCUGAGCAAUUGACUGGACAGUCGGAUUUCCGGACAUACCCCUCCGAACAACAUCAACUUUCUGGACCGACUUCUACCCCUGCCAACAUAUCUCACGCAUCCGUGGUACAGCCGGUGAUGAUGCCUGGAUCACAUCAUCCAGCACCGAUAAUGGAAGAUCCAUCCUUGUCGGACUUUUUGAAAGAUGUCCUUCAUCCGGCCGAGCAAGCUCAUGUGUCGGCGCAGCCACGUAGCGAUACAACAUGGAAUGGGAAUUUUGCUCCUCGAGACCUGAUGGACUUUAGCCAGGACCUGAGCUUGGACUUCAACGAUCUUGACGCUGUCUUGUCUGGUGGAUGGGACACUUGGCUUGACCCCUCGCUUGUACCGGCCGUAUACGACAAGCCAACAGACCGCACGGUGUCGGAUGGUAGCACGCCAUCAAUAGAUGGCAGCAUCAACAUGGGCUCGGCAGCCUACAACCGUUCAGCUUGGAAGUGGGUACCAGAUGCUGGUAAAGGGAAGGCCAGUAAAGACCAGUCACUUGCGUCCAUCCUCAUCGACGGGAAGGCUUCUGGUGAAAUGCAGCUAGUCAGGGAAGGCCCUCGUUCUCAGCUUCUCACGCCUCAGGACAGAGAUCGGAUUGUGGCGCUGUUACUAUCAAGUUGUGAUAAGCCCAACUUCCAGAAGGUGGUCACCAUGUUUCCGGGAGUCAAUGUGCUGGACUUCUUUCUGCAUGAAUGUCUCGUCACGAUGGAGCACAGUAUCGACAGCUGGAUGCAUAUCCCCACUUUCCGCAGCAGUGAUGCUAUACCAGAGCUGCUGACUUCGAUGAUAGCUCAAGGGGCAGUUUUGAGCAGGACAAGUCACGCGCAGCUAUUUGGAUACGCUCUGCAAGAGAAAGGUAGACUCGCACUACCUGAGCUGUUCGAGCGGGAUAAUAGCAUGACGAGGAAUCUGCAAGCUCUGCAAGCGAGUGCUAUCUGUUUGGAUAUCGGUACCUGGAGCGGCAACAAAAGAACCAUGGAACUUGCUGAGGCUGCGGCUCUACCUUUGGUUACCAUGAUACGACGCUCGGGUGGCUUUCGACGAUCUCGUGGAGUUGCUCCAGGCCCAUCACCAGAACACAGUAAAGAGACGCUGCAACAGAAGUGGCGGACUUGGGUGGAGGCAGAAUCGUUCAAGCGUCUGGCCUACCACGUCUUUCUGUACACCGUCCAGGUAUCGGUCGCUUUCCAGACACCGCCUCUGUUAUCCUACGCUGAGAUCACACUGGAGCUGCCGGCACCACAAGCAGUUUGGAGAGCGAAGUCAGCCGAAGAGUGGCGAGACCAGUACUUUGCUUAUGUUACGGGCGGUCCUCUCCCCACAUUCGUGUCCAGCAUGUGUAGUCCAGAGACGAUGGGCUUUUUUCGAGGCUCUAUCGACCUGGAGUUGACAUUGUAUCUUGUGUUGUUGAGUCACUGGUGCCUGGCGUGGGAGUAUACUCAACUCAGCUCCGCCAACAAAGCGCAGGCCAACGACAUUCAGUGGGCCGGUACGAUGCUCGCAUCUGCGAAGUGUCAAGAACUCUGCAAACUACUGGACUCCUUCUAUGUCGUGAUUGAAGAUUGGGGGGUCUUCAUCCCAAAGGAAGUGCACAUGAUGUCGCAGCUCUUGCGCAUGAACUUGUGUGUUGCCUUGGAAGAUCUCCAGCUCAUUGCUGGGAAGGAGGGGGAAGAAGAGGCGAGACGAGUUUACCCUUCACUGAAACAGUGGUACCGCUCUCCAGAAUGUCGACAAGCGCUCUGGCAUGCCGGUCAAGUGCUGCGUGCUGCGAGAAGACCUGCAGGUCGAAGUCCAAACGCUGCUCAGUCGGCUCCUCCAGAUGCUCCGUGGUUACGAGACUUCAACGCUGUGGCUCUCUAUCACGCUGGUCUUGCAUUCUGGGUGUAUGGAUUGCUCUCAAGAGCGAUCUCAUCGGAAGACGGCUACAACAACGGACAAUCACUUGCAGUCGACUACGGCGGCGAUCACAUUCGUCUGGACGGCGAUGAUGAGGAGCUGACGAACAUGGAUCGUCACCAAUUCAUCGGUCUCAACAAGGGCAGAGCUGUCAUCUCAGCUAUAUCGCCGUGGUCGAACGUCACCUCGACCCGAGUUAAUGGUCCUGGUAGCAGCCCACCGACUACUGUGGGCACAGCAGCUGCUCGAGGUCCUGUGACGGAACCUCCACAUACCAGGCAAGAGACGGUUCCGCUGGAUGAUCCUAAACUGGUCAUGGAUGUUAUGAUUCAUGCUUUGACGCCUUCAAGUCAGCCGCCAGGGACGAGUGGUCGUUCUGCACAACCUCAGCAAUCGGCUGGCCCACAGCGGCCUGCGAUGGUGGAGAAUCUUGUACAGUUGAUGCGCGAUCUUGGAGAGGCGGCAUCUGCUGUUUAA